UUGAAGAAGUGUUUUCGUUUAUUAAAGAGAAAUAUGAUGUAUUCAUCCCAAGCCUCUCUCUUGUUUUUAAAUGUAUGUGUUUUUAUUUGUGGAGAAUCUGUACAAGGUAAUUGUGUACAUCAUUCUAUGAGUUCUCCAGUAGUUAAUAGUGUGGAAGAUGUAACUGAUGCAAAAGAUGAAAGUCAGAGUAGUGACACUGUUUAUAAGGAAGACUGUGAAGAGUCCUGCGAUGUUAAAACUACAGUUACACGAGAAGAAAGACAUUCACUGUGCAGAAAUCUGCAAAAUUCUAUCGUUUCCUACACACGAAGUACCAAAAAACUAUUAAGAAAUAUGAUGGAUGAGCAACAAGCAUCCCUGGAUUAUUUAUCCAAUCAGGUGAAUGAGCUCAUGAAUCGAGUUCUCCUUUUGACUACAGAAGUCUUUAGGAAGCAGCUGGACCCUUUUCCUCACAGAACAGUGCAGUCGCAUGGUUUAGAUUGCACUGAUAUUAAAGAUACCAUUGGCUCUGUUACCAAGACACCAAGUGGUUUAUAUAUAAUCUAUCCAGAAGGCUCUAAUUACCCAUUUGAGGUGAUGUGCGACAUGGAUUACAGAGGAGGUGGAUGGACCGUGAUACAGAAAAGGAUGGAUGGGAUGAUUGAUUUCCAGAGGUUGUGGUGUGAUUAUCUGGAUGGAUUUGGUGACCUUUUAGGAGAAUUUUGGCUAGGACUAAAAAAGAUUUUUUAUAUAGUAAAUCAGAAAAAUGUCAGUUUUAUGCUGUAUGUGGCUUUGGAAUCAGAAGACAACACAUUUGCUUAUGCUUCAUAUGAUAAUUUUUGGCUAGAGGAUGAAACAAGAUUUUUUAAACUGCACUUAGGACGGUAUUCAGGAAAUGCUGGUGAUGCAUUCCGGGGCCUCCGAAAAGAAGACAAUCAAAAUGCAAUGCCUUUCAGCACACCCGAUGUUGACAAUGACGGGUGCCGCCCUGCGUGCCUCCUCCGGGGUCAGUCUGUGAAGAGCUGCAGUCACCUCAGAAACAACACGGGCUGGUGGUUCAGCCAGUGUGGCCUAGCAAAUUUAAAUGGCAUCCAUCACUUCCCUGGAAAACUGCUUGCCAGUGGAAUUCAGUGGGGCACGUGGACCAAGAACAAGUCACCCAUCAAGAUUAAAUCUGUCUCAAUGAAAAUUAGAAGAACUUCCAAUCCAUACUUUAAGUAAGCACACUUCAAAUUGUGUGCAAGCCCUAUGAUUAUUUUUGAUGUUAUAUUAAAGAUUUUACAUAGUUUCUCUCUUUACUAUGGUUUCUAACACAUUAGCUAAAGUUUUACUAUAGAUGACAUUUUGGUAUUAGAGGUUUAAUCAGAAAACUUCACUUUUGUAGCAUUUUAUAAAAAAACCUACAUUUUUACUACUAACAAUAUUGAUUAAAAUGUAGUACAAUCUAUUUUGAAUGAAUUACAAUUUGUAAUCCUGAAACUUACACUCCUUUGAAGGGACUUUACCUUCUCUUUGAAACAUAUAACAAAAGGUUAGAAAAAUUCAAGAAAGUAUUUUACUUAUUACUAUAUUCACUUUAUAUGAUUAAUUAUAUAAUCUACAGAUACUUUAUGUUGGAGAAAACUAUAAGGAAUAACUUUUAAUCAGAUUAAUAUAUAAAUUCCACAUGUUUAAAUCAUUAUUCUUAGGUGAUGCCAUAUAUUUUA